CCUUACACCACCACAAGCAACAAGGAAAAUGUCUUCGGGCGGAACAGGAACUGGCACCCAAACAACUCCCCCACCACCACCGCCGACUAGUCCGUCACCGUCUUCAACGACUACUCCACCGCCAAAUACAGAUUCGGGUUCAAAUUCCAGCAGUAACCCUCCUCCCCCUCCAAGUUCUCCUCCUCCUAGCUCCCCUCCUCCUAGUGCUCCACCGUCCGAUACCGCUAGUAAUUCCAAUGCGGCAACUCAGAGCCAGAGUCAGACUACAGUUUCGGAACCUGUAACGACUGUUGUCCAAACGACUGUUAUCAUGACAUCCGAUGGCAACCUAUUCACUACAGUAGUUGAGACGCGGAGUGUGUUACCGCCCGGAAGUGUUAUUACCUCGGCGCCAAGUAACAAGGGUAGUGGAUCGAGCAAAACAGGGGCGAUCGUUGGAGGUGUUGUUGGAGGCGUCGCCGGCCUAGCGAUCCUCCUCCUUCUGCUCAUUUGGGGUUACAAACGAUGGAAACGACGAAGAGCCUUUGAUGCCUUUGAUGGGAAUUUCGAUCCGGAUAGGGUUGUGAGACCUCAAUCGGGGGUUCUUGCUUCCAAAAAACACGAACCAAAAGGGGCCCCAACGCUCCCCAACAUCGGGGACCCCGAUAUGGCCAUGGCCCAAGAAGAUGACGGGAUGGGGGGAAGGUUGGAUGCGAGUGCGGUCGGAGGAGGGGUUGUUUCGCCCUAUCCGCUUUUCAACCAGGGGCAUCAAGGGCAGGGGCAUCAAGGGCAGGGGCAGCAACAUUCGCCGCAUCCGAGUAUGGUUGGGUUUGGGCAGAUGCCGUUGUCGCAGCAGCAGUACUCGCAACAUGGACAUGGAAGUGAUGGACAUAUGAGUGCUACUACUGCUACGACUCAUUCGGGGUAUUCGCCCGGUGCUGGUGCGGGUGCUGGUGCGGGUGGAGUUGCAAUGGGUGACUGGAGACAUCCUUCGCCUGGGCCUUCUUUGGGAGGUUCCAGUGGUGGUGGUGGCGGGGGUGGUGGUGGGUCAUCAUCACCUGGGAGAUUGGCGAAAGAGAGAGAAGCGUUUGGUGGUGGUGGGGGUGGAUUUGUUGGGAUGCCUGUUACUCAUCAACAUGGUCAUCACGCUGCUCCUCCUGUUCCUCCCGUUCCUCCCAGUUCGUAUUACAACAACACUACCUCUGGAGGGAAUGGACAAAGGAGGUUGUCAAUUGAGAGUGGAGGAGCGCAGAGUGGAGUGUUUCAUUCUACGAGUUCGGAUUAUUCGCAAGGAAGUGGGACUGGGACUGGUGGGGGACAUUACCCCCAACAACAACAACAACAACCGGCCCAGCGGCAAUCGGGGGCGGGGUCGGGGACGGGGAGGCUUAGCGUUGCUAACCCUGACGAUGACCUCGGAGGUGGUGGUGCGGGAGGUGCAGGAAGAGGGUUUGAUGAAAAAGCGAGACAGGCGUAUCUUGCUUCUGGACCUGGUCGAGUUAGAGUUGCUCAGGAUGCGGGUGCGGUUGAGGAUGAGGAUGAGAUUCCACCGACGUAUGAGAGUUUGUUGGACGCGAGGGGAGGGAAACGUGUUAGUACUCCGCCGGAGAAGGGGGCUUCUGCUAUUAUUCCUGGGAGUGGUGGUGGGAGUGGGAGUGGGAGUACUUGA